UCUUAUAUAAAUACAAAUAUUAAGUCUUGUUUCGAGAAAGCGACAAAAAAGAAGAAAAUUGUGCAUGGGGCCACGUCAAUGCCGACAUCACUAGAGUUGGAGCUUAAACUUUUGCACGUUAAAUUCACUCUACACGUUUUUAUCGACAAACUUGAGCCACCUAGUGAAUAAACAAUUAUUAUAUAUUAUAAAUAAAUAUUAAAAGCGCACCGCUUAAGAGUGAGAGCUCGUAGAAAUUUUGUCUUCUCGGCCUAAGCAUUUUAAUAUAAGUGUCGGGGAAAAGUAAUUAACAAAUAUUCGUGAAAUCACUCAUGACUAAAAAAUAAUUUUAUUCAAAUAAAAUUUAAUUGAAUAUUGUGUUUGUAUAAAGGGCAGAAAGAAAGGGAGAAUAAUACAAUUAUAUAAAAAUGUCCGAUGUAGGAGAUUGGUUUCAAAGUUUACCAAUAUUUACGAGAUAUUGGUUAGCUCUGACUGUUGCAUUCUCAUUAAUUGGAAGAUUUCGAAUAAUUAAUGCAAUUAAUUUAAUACUUUUGUACGAACCGUUUCUUUACAAUUUUGAAAUAUGGAGAGCGGUGACCAGCGUCUUUUAUUAUGAAACAAAUUUUCAUUUCCUCAUGAAUUUGUACUUUCUGUACAAUUAUUCAAUAAGACUAGAAAGGAUAGACUUUGAAGGCAGACCCGCUGAUUAUUUAUAUUUAUUAAUAUUUAAUUGGGUAUGCUGCCUCGUGGCUGGAUUAAUGCUCAACUUUUAUAGUCUAAUGAAUGCUAUGAUCUUAAGUAUUAUUUACAUUUGGUGCCAAUUGAACAAGGAUGCUAUUGUACAUUUUUGGUUUGGUUUACAAUUUAAAGCAAUGUACUUACCAUGGAUUCUUUUUGGAAUUAAUUUUAUUAUUAAUCACGAUGGCUUAGAAGAGCUUGUUGGAAUUUUUGGUGGACAUUUGUACUUCUUCUUAAAAUUCAAAUAUCCUCAAGACUUUGGAGGAUCAAAUUUACUAUCAACCCCAUCAAUUCUGGAAUAUUAUUUCCCUCCAAGAAGCAGUUUCAGAGGCUUUGGAUCGGCACCGCCGCAAUUCACUGGAAAUAUACAUAGAGCUCACAAUUGGGGCCGUGGUCAAGUACUGGGAGAUUAAAGUUUCUGUUGAUAAAGUGUAUUUAUAUGAAUGGAAAAAAUUUAAAUUUGAAAAUAACACUUAAUAUUAGAUACUAUAUAUUACCUUCAAGAAUAAUUGCCCCCGUUAUUUAAAAAAUUG